GGGCGCUACUAUUUUUGAAACAUUCUAUACCACCAUGUCUGAAUCCAACAUUGAUUAUUCAAACGAGCCAGAAAUCAAGCGAAGAAAGUCGGAUUCCAAUUUAUUAAAAAGCAAUGAUACCCUUCUAAAGAGUCAAGCUUAUACCAAUCGCAAACGCAACUCACAAAUGGCACAGCAGGUCAAUAAAUCCAUUUCCUCGACCAUUGCAGAACGACAACUGUCCCGGCUGAAGAAAGAUGACGCCCCGCAAGAAGACACUUUCUAUCGGGCUCUAGAGAUUAAAUUCCACCACUCUGUAGGGUCUAUGAGUAUUAGUCCUGCUUGUAGAGAUGUUGUAUUGGCAGGACGGCAGGGUUUAGUGGUAAUCGAUUUAGAGGAUCCUUGGUUGAUCCCACGUAUUUUACCACACAUGUCUAAGUGGGAAGUAGCUGAUGUCCAGUGGAGUCCACAUAUUUCUCGAGAAUCUUGGGUCGCUUCCACUUCAAACCAAAAAUUACUUGUGUGGAAUUUGAACUAUUCAGGUCCAAGAGCUAUUGAACAUGUUUUUCAUGCACACGCGAGGGCUAUUUCUGAUAUCAAUUGGUCGCCGCAUCAGCCGGAUAUCUUAGCUACAUGUUCAGUAGAUACGUAUGUUCACUUAUGGGAUUUAAGAGAACCUCAGAUAAGGAGCAAGGAUCAAGAUGAUGAUAGAAAAAUGAGGCCAAGCUGUUCAUUUACUCCCUGGAAUGCGGCCGCUACACAGGUCAAAUUCAACAGAAAAAGCGAGUAUCUCAUUGCAUCUGCACAUGAUAAAGAUGUCAAAAUUUGGGAUUUAAGAAAAGGCGCAGUUCCAGUUACAAGUAUCACGGCGCAUUCAAAAAAGAUUUAUGGAAUUGAUUGGAGUCGGCAAAAUGAUCAUGAUAUCGUUACCUGUAGUUUGGAUAAGCUUGUGAAGUUUUGGAACAUUCAUACACCGGAAGUCGAGGAAGAAGUAAUCGUAACAGACACACCUAUUUGGCGAGCCAGAAAUACGCCAUUUGGAAACGGUGUUCUCAUCAUGCCCCAACGUACAGACUCCAAAUUAACACUUUAUAACCGAGCCUGCGCAGAAACACCAGUCCACGCAUUUGAUGGACAUCAAGAUACUGUCAAGGAGUUUGUGUGGAGAUGGAAGGGCGAUAGUAAUGGAUCAAAUGGUGAUGAUCGAGAAUUUCAACUAGUAACAUGGUCUAAAGACCAAAACUUGCGACUAUGGCCAGUUUCAGAGGACAUUAUGAAAUCAGUGGGACAUGAGCCCAGUGGGACUAAAACAAAGCUUUCUGCGCCCGUAUUUGAUAAAUUUACGCCUCAUUCCUUUCAACAAGAGCCAAUCGAAAAGGCCAUGCUGGAUGUUCGAUCCUCGUUCUCAUCCACCACAGCACCUGUACGACAAACUCCCAGUGGAACCAUGACACCUUACAGGUCCAACUUGUUAAAUAAUACAACAGGAUAUGAACAAAGCAAUGCAUAUAGAGAGCAAAAGUAUUCCGCAAUCAAUCCUUUGUUAUGGAUGCAGAAUGUCAAAACGGUUGGUCCCACCGGUGGAGAAAUCCGUCGGGAUGCAGCUACGGCUGAAAAUACAUAUCAGUCUGUAGCCGAAGAAAUGACAACCGUUUUAAAUAAAUAUGUUUCGGUUGGUGUGAAGACAGAAAAAGUAAAUGCGUCAUCUCGCACAUGUACCAUAUCAUUGCAUGGACCUUGGUCGGAUACAGGCGAUGCUCUUUUGCGUAUCACUAUCCGUUUUAGUCCUCAAUACCCAGACCAUAGUCCGCCCGAAUUCGAUAUCCAAAAGAACAGCAUGAUUUCUAUAUACUAUCGUGCGCAUAUGACACAGGAUUUAAACUCUUUAGCUUCCACUUAUACAUCUCACAAGAAAUGGUGUUUGGAGCCGUGUAUCCGAUAUCUAUUGGGUGAGAAUAUGCAAGAUGAAUCAGAAUAUGCGUUGGAAAAUCAAAAUUCCUCUGUGGAUUCAGCAGGUGGAAUAAUAAACCCACAAGCAGGAUCAAAUGCCUCUGUAACCGGCUCACCCGGGCACUGGAAAGGAGCCACGGCUAUUGAUGCAGGUGAUUCAGAUGACGAAUUAGGUCAAGGCUGGGGGAAUAUGGGCGAUGGAUAUCGAUUUGGUAAACGAGAAAGUAUGACAAGCGAGCGGGGUAUCAUGGUCGAUAUGUCUGCCAAACAAAGCACCGAUGAAAAAGUGCCGUUUCCACGCUUGUGUGGUGGCGUGUUCUCCGGAAGUGGACAGUUGGUCUGUUUUUUUUCUACCUUACGUGUACGAGAUAACAAUCGCACCAAUAUGAAGACUACGGAAAAACGAGACGACACGUCGCAAAGUGAUCGAAGUAAUGGAGAGUAUUUUGAAAAUAGCACGGAAAGCGAAUUUUACCGACACCCCAAAACAUAUGAACAAUUUGAAGAAUAUAAAGAAAUCGCUGCAAUGUCUAGACAGGGAAAGAAUGCGACAGUGCUUGUAGGUGGAUCGGGUGGCGCUUUUGGUGAAUACACCUAUGAUGACGAACAAGAUGACAUUGAUGAUGGGUUAAACAGUGCAGGCGGAAUGGGCGCUAUUUAUUACAAAACUGACAAUAUAGCACUAAAUGGGGCAAUGGGUAAUGGUGAUAACCUCUUAUAUCAUGGUGCAAAAACAGACCGUAUCACACAUAACAUCGUGAUUGCUGAUUUCUCUGAUAGAAUGCCUUACAGUCCUUGGCUUGCAAGGGAGUAUAUACUUUCAUCGAAAGACCCAGUAUCAUCUUGUGUACAUAAUGCAAAAGUUUGUCGUAAGCAUGGAAGACUGGAUCUUUAUAAAGUAUGGUAUUUGGCUGUGGAAAUCCUUAGAGGCUGUGUCCCCUCAGAUUUACCCGAACCUGAUCGCCUUGUGACGGAUGGACAUCAUGUUUUGAUAGACAGUAUUGAUUCGCAAAAGAUAAUCGACGAGAAUUAUCAGCGGGAUCAACAAUUAGCAGAAGUCAAAACGUUGCUUCACCAACGUCAGGUUUCGCCCGAAACGAACGAUUUACAAGUAGAUAUUGUGGUAACUAAGCCUAUGCACAGAGUGAAAUGGGGUAUGCAUCCCCUAGGACAGAAACUCGUGGAUGAUUUGUUACAACAUUUCAUUCAUACCGGAGAUAUUCAAACUGCAGCUAUGCUAUCUUGCACAUUUCAGGUAAGGCCUAAUAAGGUACCAUCAGCUUUAUUUGGACAAAAGACUAUUCCGGUCGAUAAAUCUCCUGAGGGUACUGAGCUGGAUUACUUCUCCUUGAAAUCAAACCAGCGUAACGUAAGUCACUCGAAUCUCCGUGCCAAUUCUGGGCCAAAUACUGCAGAAAAUCUCGAAAAGGUGUCUGUUGCACCUGUCAGCGCAUCAUAUGGGUCUAAAACGACAAAUAUGCUAUCCUAUCUUUGGGAAACGGAUAAGCGUUUGUCACCUACUGAAAGAUUAACAGAUAACCCUAACGAAUUGCAGUCGCCUACCACCAAACGCAAUUCUCGUUUGAACCGCUCUUGGACAAUGACCCAUCCCAAACUAAAGAUUCCAAGUAAUACAGCCCCAGGUGUUCGGCAUAAUGUUGGUAGCUUAGGCUCGCACUCAUCUUAUCCGUCCUCGCCAGCAAUAGCUACACCAACAACACCUCUCUUUAAUAAGGAGGGAAAGGUUUUAGUUGACAGAACGGAAAUGAAACUUGAAUAUACAAAUUUAGAACACUUUGAUAGUGAGCGGUUCUUUCAAUUUAACCAUAUUCCGUUGAUGGAUACAAAAGGAAUGGCACAGCGUGAUGCGUUACGACUAAAUUAUGCAGACAUGUUGUACAGAUGGAAUUUGCUGGACCAGCGUGCAGAGGUCUUAAGGUUCUUAAAUCAUCAGCCUUUCCCUGUAGAUAAAGAAGUGACUUCAACGCACAUUCAAGUAUCUUGCUAUGCAUGCGGAACUGAACUUUCAAGUAAUGAUAAGUACUGCGUACACUGUAGAAAGAUUCGAAAGUUGAUUCGUUGCUGUUUCUGUCACAUUUUGGUCAAGGGACUUGUCAAUUUUUGUGUUCACUGUGGACAUGGUGGUCAUAGUAAUCACAUGGAAGAUUGGUUUGUUACGAAUCAGCAAGUGUAUUGUAUGACAGGUUGCGGUUGUAAAUGUGCUUUAGAGCCCUUAGAAAUAAGUAAUUGAU